AUGAGAGGACCUCGAGGUGGCCUGGCCUCGAGGCCGAUAUUGUGUCUUCUUCUGGUUUUGUUUCUCACGAGUUUACUGGCUGGUCAUGUCGCCGCACAGAGGGACGACCCUUCCGACCGACCGGAUACAGACAGGCCUCAACCCACGAGAGAAGUCACCCAGACAAACUCGCCAACCAGACCGGACAGAACACAGACGCCGCCUCCAUCCCCGCCACCUACUGACAGGGAGACCGCGACCGCUCGUACACCCACACCGCAACCGACCGAAACAGAGUCCCGAAACCUCCCUGGCCUUUCUACCGAAUCUAGCACCCCUACAACCACGCAGGACAGCACAUCAUCGAGAUCGAGAUCUGGGCCGGCUUUCACUCUCCCAUCACUUACGGGCGGGCCAACGAUACCAACCCCGCAAAUUCCACCCAAAGAGGGGGCACCGUACCUGCAGAAGUCCAACCUGCCUGAAGGCACGAUCUUUAUCGCGGUUGGCGCGGCUCUCGGACUUGUCGGUGUGAUAGUGGUUGCAUGGCGACUUCUUGUCGCCUGGUCCGUCAAUCGAUCCGUCCGACGUGCCACAAACAACUCACACCAUUCCGACGCAACCGCCCUUUUACACGCCAGUAACAGGAAAUCGGUAUAUCAGAGCUCUGCUGGGGCUCCGGCGUCAAGGGAGAAGAUGAGCAAAGAGCGCCAUUCUCGCGUCGGCCCCACCCAUACCACGAACCAAAGCCUCUUCUUCUCCCCAACUGCUGGCGCGAGCAUGCACACGGCAGGAAACAGAGGCUCUGGCUACCUGCCUGCUGGUUACUAUGCUGCAAGCGGCGCCGCGCCUGGAGGAGGCUCUGGCUUGGCACAUCUUAGCGGCUCGUCCAUCGGCCUGUCGCCCUUGGGACCCCAGUCUCAAGGCUAUUCACGUACAAGAUCAGGGCCCAGUCCACCGGGAUCGCCUGGCCUGCCCCCCGGCAGCCGUGGUCAUGAUCAGGCCCACCUAUCAACGAGCUCGCUGAACCUGUCCGUUGCGCCGCAAGGUAGAGCACCGAGCGCUUAUCUUGAAGAUCUUUUCGAGAACCAUCCUCCAGGACGGUGA